AUUUCCGCUUCCUUUGUGUCGACUCGAUUCUCUUGAAUUUAGUUUAUUUGUAUAGUUUGUUGUAUUCUGCGAUUAGCAACACAAAGCAAGGAUUCAGUAUCAGUGCUAGCUGUAUAGAUACUAGUACUGCAACUUUGAAGGCAUGUCAGAUGUUUACUGAGCACAGAGUAGACUCUAGUCUGGAAAACGUCAGCUGAAGACCUGCAUCUGGAAACCAACAUGUCGCUCAGGGAUAAAGGGUGUUUCCAAUGUGAAGUCUGUUCAAAGAGUUGUAAAGGCAAGUCUCUUCUAGAAAAACACAUGCAUGUUCAUACUAGUGAAAGACCUUUCAGGUGUGGAAUGUGCUUAAAGGAUUUCUCAGCCAAGCCUGACAUUAAAAGACACAUGCAGAUUCACACUGGAGGAAAACCUUUCAAAUGUGAAGUGUGCACAAAAUGUUUUAGGCGGAGUUCCCACUUGAAAGUACAUAUGCUGAUUCAUACUGGUGAGAGGCCAUUCAAAUGUGAAAUGUGCACAUGUUUUGUACACAGUUCCAGCUUAAAGAAACAUAUGUUGAUUCAUACUGGGGAGAAACCGUUCAAAUGUGAAGUGUGCACAACAUGUUUUGUACACCGUUCCAGCUUAAAGAAACAUAUGUUGAUUCAUACUGGGGAGAAACCUUUCAAAUGUGAAGUGUGCACAAAAUGUUUCAAGCGUUGUUCCCACUUAAAUCUACAUAUGUUGAUUCAUACAGGCAUGACACUUUUCAGAUGUGAGGUCUGUUCCAAAUGUUUUUCACAUAGUUUCGACUUAAAGAAGCAUAUGUCGAUUCAUACUGGUGUGAAACCUUUCAAAUGUGAAGUGUGCACAAAAUGUUUUACAAAGAGUUCCAGCUUAAAGCAGCAUAUGUUGAUUCAUACUGGGGUGAAACGUUUCAAAUGUGAAGUGUGCGCAAUAUGCUUUGCACAGAAUGUCAGCUUAAAACAACAUAUGUUGAUUCAUACUGGCGAGAAACCUUUCAAAUGUGAAAUGUGCACAAAAUGUUUUGCACACAGUAUCAGCUUAAAGAAGCAUAUGUGGAUUCAUACUGGGUAUAAACCUUUCAAAUGUGAAGGAUGCACAAAAUGUUUUACACAGAGUUCCAGCUUAAAGCAGCAUAUGUUGAUUCAUACUGGGGAGAAACCUUUCAAAUGUGAAGUGUGCACAACAUGUUUUACACAGAGUUCCAGCUUAAAGAAGCAUAUGUCGAUUCAUACUGGGGAGAAACCUUUCAAAUGUGAAGUAUGCACAAAAUGUUUUACACAGAGUUCCUACUUAAAGAAGCAUAUGUUGAUUCAUACUGGGGAGAAACCUUUCAAGUGUGAAGUGUGCACAACAUGUUUUACACAGAGUUGCAGCUUAAAGAAGCAUAUGUCGAUUCAUACUGGGGAGAAACCUUUCAAAUGUGAAGUAUGCACAAAAUGUUUUACACAUAGUUCCUACUUAAAGAAGCAUAUGUUGAUUCAUACCAGUGAGAAACCUCUCAAAUGUGAAGUGUGCACAACAUGUUUUGCACAGAGUUCCAGCUUAAGACGAUAUAUGUCGAUUCAUACUGGUGAGAAACCUCUCAAAUGUGAAGUGUGCACAAGAUGUUUUAUAUAAAGUUCCAGCUUAAGACGACAUAUGCUCAUUCAUACUGGUGAGAAACCUUUCAAAUGUGAAGUGUGCACAAAAUGUUUUACACAGAGUUCCAGCUUAAGACGAUAUAUGUUGAUUCAUACUGGUGAGAAACCUUUCAAAUGUGAAGUGUGCACAAAAUAUUUUACACAGAGUUCCAGCUUAAGACGACGUAUGUUGAUUCAUACAUGGAAGAACUGAACUGAAGAUGUAGAUUGAGUGACAUGUUUCUAGACAAAACAAGUGCGUAUCCAUCUGUGAUGAGGAUUUAGUGACUGAUGAGAAAGAAGUAGACAAGUAGUAAUUCAGCCUUUAAUUAUUUAUUUGUUCAUUUUCUUAGUUGACUAGAAAUAUAUAUAUUAACUGUAUAGUAAGUCUUUAUGCCAGAAUUAACAAAUGAUUGACCUCAAGUAGCCGAUGAUAAAUAAUGUUAGAAAGUAUAAGUGUGUAUUUUCAUGUAUCAGUUUUAAGGUAUUAUAGAUUUUAAAAAAUGCUUCAUUAUAUCAUAACUGUGUAUUACUUUACUGUUCUGAUUUAACAAUACUACUACAACUUUUGAUUGUUAACUUGUUUUAUUAGGUAAUUGAUAACCUAAUAAUCAAAAUGAUCCACUCACCAGAUUGUAUCAACCAGUACAACUAAUAUCACAAGCAUUUGAUAAUAA